AUGGGUGGAAACACUAUUCGACCAAAAAAAUUCCAGGCACCUGCCCUUUCCAAAAGACCAAAGAGAAACCUGAAAAAUGUUCGCGCCACGAACAGAAAACAUGUUGCUCUUGGUCUGAAGGCAAGCACUCAUGAUCGUGGAACUGACAAGUCCCGACGGACGGGAACCAGACUUCGACGAUUGACUCAAGAGAUCUACUUUGCUGAUAUCACACAAUGGUCUGAUGGCAAAGCUGAGAAGUUCCUACGUUCUCAUGAGGUUUUGCCCGGCAAGAAAGAAAAAUUACACUGCUGGGAAUGUGACUCGGUCCUUGAGAAAAGCAAUAAGGCGUCCUCCUCCUCAGGAAAUGACGUAGUUGAUGUUCUGCAGUGUCCCCGUUGCCGGACAAAAGGUCGGCAUGCUUUGGAAUUGAAGAAUGCUUCCUUGUCCUACACUCCUUUUUGGAGCAGCAUGUCCCGUGGGUACUCUCCGCAAUAUGCUCUAUGGCUUCGUGUGCUUUUUGCCGUUUCGGUGAAAGUUCCAAAAGAUAGCAUUUUGCACAUGGUUCAAGAUGCCAAACAUUCUCUGAGCGAGAAAUUGCUGGAUCGGUGGGUCAAUGAAUGUUUUUUUGUGUUAGCAUACAUGGAAAGCAAAGAACAAGAAAAGGUGCAAUUUCAAGACGAAAUUGUGGAACUGGAUGGAAGCAAGGUGUGCAGCCACAAGAAAACCAGUCAGCCCACACACCUGAAACGAAGGCGACGCACCAAAAGUUCCAACACUAUCGUGAAACCUCCUUUGCCUGGUCGCUUUGCCCGAAAUCAAGCUGCAAGAGGCGACAAGAGACCUAUGGUUCAUCACGGUCGCAUGCUGUAUGUGAAAGGACAUGGUAGUCGGAAAGUUGUCAUGGUCACCAUGCGGCCUAGAACGACUCAAAAAGGGGCUCCAUCACCUCCCGAAGAUGCAACCACAGUGCGGAAGGCGUUGCAAAGACACGUGGAUGCAAAGAGCUGCGUCAGUGCUACGGAUAGCGCAAAGGCCCUGACAGCGACCUGUCGCAAGUUUGGACUUCCUAAUGCACCUGCCCGUCAUUGCAUCGAUGAGAUGUCACCGACCGUCGAACUGAACCAAAGUGACAUGACAAAGCAGCAGCAGAAGACUUUGACAAAGGCCUCGAAAGUCUUGAAGAGACCGGCAGCUUUGAAAAGGAAACAAUCCUUUUUGAUCGUCGGAGGCGACAAUUCAGCAGAAUCUGAAAUUAGUCGAGUGAAAGGCCAGAUGCGCCGCACCAAUAUGCUGGGUAGAAUCAGCCCACGCAAUGCUCAGGUGCAGCAGUUUGCUGUCAAGCGUCUCUUAGAGAAGCCUGGGUUGAUGCCUCUGGUGACGGCCUUUGCAGAAUAUCGCAGAGAUCGAAAAAACCAAAUGGGUAUUCAACCAGGUCACGCGUUUCAAAUUGACAAAGACAACACUUGGCUCCCAUGA